AUGGAAUCUUUUAAAGAGCUAUUUAAAAGAUAUUUGCAUGACACGUCGGGUACAUUUGAUUGGCAAGAAAUUCAACCUGUGCCGCCGCAAAGUAUGAAAAUGUACGAUGCUCUUCCUAUGCCAAGUGACAGAGAAGUGAUUCGUCAACAAUUGAAUAAAUUAGUUGUGGUGAAAUUGAACGGUGGUCUUGGCACAACAAUGGGUUGUACUGGACCAAAAUCGCUCAUAUCCGUUCGAAAUGAUCUUACAUUUUUGGAUUUAACUGUACAACAAAUCGAAAGAUUAAAUAAUGAAUACGGUACAAGUAUCCCUUUAGUUUUAAUGAACUCUUUCAAUACUCAUGCUGAAACUGAAAAAGUAUUACGCAAAUAUCAACAAGUCAAUGUUCGAAUAUUAACAUUUUUACAAAGCUCUUAUCCCGGUUGA